AUGUCGUCUGACUCCUACAAGUUCUUGUUCGCAUAUCCCAGCGCGAAGCAGACAUUAUCGGCACGCAAGGUCCACAUACGCAGGCUGUAUGAUAUCUUGGAACUGAGCCUACACCGCAACGACCUCGCACGAGCGAAGAAAGCGUGGGCUAUUCUCGUGCGCUGCAAAGAGGUCAAUUGGAAAGCAAUGUGGAGGACUGGCGCAUUGCUCAUUGGCAAGUCUGAAGACUCUGCCACGACCGCCAGGGACCGGCUGGGAUAUUUCGCCACUAUGAUGCUGCAAUUCCCCGAGGCCAGGGAAUCGGUCCUCCAGGAGAUGAUACUCCACCUCAUAGUGCAUCGGCAGUACAAGCGUGCCCUGGAUGAGCUCGAGCUGUACCUCCCCUCUCCACCAUUCCAGGAGAACUCCGUGCUUCAUGCUUACGCGGGGCUCGUCUGUCUCUAUUUAGCGCAACCUAAUCCAGCCGCGGACGUGUCGAAUGAAGGCCGCUCACUCCGCGAUGCGCAACAAUAUUUUGACCGCGCACGGUACCUGGAUACAAAUGACCUGGUAGCGGCGGCUUGGUCAAAUGCCGUACGUCGUCUCGCCACAAGGUAUUGA